AUGCCGGAGUCCUCAGGUGAGAGUGAAACGAAAGACUUUCAGCCCUCCUCUGAUGGAGCAACUGCUGCCAGCCAGAGGCCUGGAGGACCAGGAGAGUCCCACACCCUGCUGGGCCUGGAUGGAGACACUCUGCAGGUCUCUGGGAGGCUGGGAGACUCUUCUGGGACACUGAAAGAAGAGACCGUGGAUGAAGAGGAUGGCGGUUUGGAAGGAUGGCGGCAGCGCUUCAGGAAUUUCUGCUAUGAGGAGCACAGGGGGCCUCGACACGCUUUCAGACAUCUCCAGGAAGUCUGCCUUCAGUGGCUGAAACCUGAGAGGCACACCAAGGAGCAGAUCCUGGAGCUGCUGAUCCUGGAACAGUUCCUGAUCAUCCUCCCGCAGGAAAUGCAAAGCUGGGUGAAGGAACGUGAUCCUCAGAGCUGCACCCGGGCAGUGAGCUUGGCAGAGGGUUUCCUGAGGAGAAGGUCCAAAGAGGCCGAGGCUCAGGAACAACAGGCAUUGGUGCCGUUUGCCAAGGAGGAGGAGUUAGAGAAUUUGGUCAAGACUGGGCAGCUGCCGUUGGGCAGUGUGGAAGCCGAGCCCAUUGGGCACGACAGUGAUGGCGAAGCCUCCUUGAAGGAACCCGAGCACAGCCACCUUGCCGAAGAGAAGAAAACAUAUCAGUGCUCUCACUGUGGGAAAAGCUUUCUCUGGAGAUCCCACCUCACGAGGCAUGAGAGAACACACACAGGAGAGAAACUGUACAGCUGCUCAACCUGUGCGAAAAGCUUUGCUCAGGCGUCGCAUCUUGCCAUCCACGAGAGAACCCAUACGGGAGAGAAGCCGUAUAAGUGUACGGAGUGUGGGAAGAGCUUCAACCAGAGUUCACGGCUGUCUCAACUCCCGAAACACGAAAGGAUCCAUACAGGAGAGAAACCGUUUUCGUGUUCGACGUGUGGGAAAAGUUUCAUUGCCAAUUCCGACCUUAUUGUGCAUGAGAGAAUCCAUACGGGGCAAAAACCGUACCUAUGCUCCUAUUGCGGCAGGGGCUUCACUAACAGCUCGGCUCUUUGCAAGCACAGGAGAUCCCACACGGGAGAGAAACCGUAUAAAUGCCCGACCUGUGGGAAGGACUUCAGUGACACCUCAGACCUCACCAAGCACAAAAGGACCCAUACGGGAGAGAAGCCGUACCAGUGUUCCGAGACAUGCAAUGAGUGUGGGAAAACCUUUGCCCAGUCUUCGAACCUUUUGGCGCAUAAAAGAAUCCAUACGGGCGAGAAGCCAUAUAACUGUUCACACUGUGGGAAAAGCUUCGCAGAAAGGUCCAAUUGUAACAGGCAUCAGAGAAUCCAUUCGGGAGAGAAACUGUAUCAGUGUGUGGACUGUGGGAAAAGUUUCAGCUUUCGGUCAGACCUUGUUAGGCAUGGGAUUACCCAUACAGGAGAAAGACCGUACAAAUGUUCUGACUGUGGGAAAAGCUUCAGCCAUGCCUCAACUCUAAUUAGGCACGAGAAUAUCCAUACAGGAGAGAAACCGUAUUCCUGUACGGACUGUGGGAAAAGCUUCACCCAGAGUUCAUCCCUUUUAGCGCACAAAAGGCUGCACACAGGAGAGACGCCGUUCGUAUGCCCUGUGUGUGGAGAGAGCUUUAACUGGAAAUCACACCUGGUAACGCACAAGAGAACUCACACAGGGGAGAGGCCGUACAAAUGCGCCAACUGUGGGAAAAGCUUCAACCAGUCCUCCAAGCUGAUGAGGCAUGAAAGGAUUCACACUGGAGAAAAACCCUAUUCCUGCACGGACUGUGGGAAGAGCUUCAGCCAGACCUCGGAACUGCUUAGGCACGAGAGAAUCCACACCGGAGAGAAACCUUAUAAAUGCUCCGUUUGUGGGAAGAGCUUCAAUCGGAGAUCCCACCUCAAUACACACAAAGCAACACAUAUGGGAGGCCAGCCAUGCGAAUGGCCAGAUGGCGGGACACUUUAUGAUCCUAGUUCACUCCAUAUUACGGGGAUGGAUCCUCCAGAGCAGAGUUUUACAAGGGACCAGCCUCAUAAAUGCUUAGCAAAUGAAGAACGGUACAGUCCUGGCUCGCUCCUUGUCGCCGGCCUGAAUCUGAACAAGCAGACACCCACAGGCGGAAAGCUGUACGAAUGGCCGAACAACGAAACAAGCUACAGCCAUUGUUCUUUCCUUGUUGCGAGUGUGAAUCCGCAAGAGAGGAUCCUUACAAAAGACUCACCAUAUAAAUUCUCAGGCCACGAAAAGAGCUGUAAUCACAGCAGCCCUUCGUUUAUAUCCCAUGUGGAUGCUCAGGAGGACUUGCUUUCAAGUUGCCGGCCACAUAAAUGCCUCAGUGGUGACAGAAGCUACGGUGACCCCUCGCUUGUUAUAACAGAUGUGAGCCCUCACCAAGAAGAGAAGGUGUUUAAAUGCUCCGAGUGUGGAAAGACCUUCAGUUGGAGAUCUCACUUUAUUCGGCACAAGAGAAUCCACACAGGUGAAAAGCCCUAUUGUUGUGCGGACUGUGGGAAAAGCUUCAACCGGAGAUCGCACCUCAUUAGGCAUGGAAGGACUCAUGCAGGGCUGAGACGGUACAGUCAGACUGAGGAAGAAACCUCGGUCAAGGAUCUACUCCCCUUAAACACAAAUGAAUCCGUACAGGAGGGUGAUCACAUAAACACACAGCCCGAAGGAGGAGUGUCUGUUGCGACUCACACCCUGUCACACACCAUAUAAUUUGUACGGGAGGCAAAUCUUGCGGAUGUUCAGUGAGACUGUAUACAAGAUUAAACAUAAAAUAACCUUUUCUAGAAGAGGAACCCUGUAGGAAGAGUGCAGUUAGCCAUUCUCAGAAGAGGCUGUAUGAAAAGAUAUUACAGGUCUCGUUCACACACACACACACACACACACAAAGACACACACACAGAGCAGAUGAGAUGAGAUGGUAAAAUUGUUCCCGCAAAUUGUUCAAGCAAAAGGGCCCAGAGGCCAAGGUCUUCCCCUCAUGUUGCUUACUAGCACUGGGAUUCAGGUUGACAAUCUCUGAACAUGGCAGUUCCAUUUAGUCACCACCAUGGUAACCUAGAAUCUGUCUAAUCCCCUAAGGGUUCCCAGC